AUGAGCUCAAACGUUCUGGAGAUUCCUUUUCGAAUUACCGAGGAUGUUCCAUUGGGGGAGGCCAUAACUAAGAUCAUUGAGAAUGAAUUCUACCAAUCAUCCAGAUCGUUCAUCGAGGACAUUCGUGAGAUCGACCGCCUACGCCAUGAUAUUGUGAUACCCGCGGUGUCAUUAGAAAGCUUGGGACUGCUUCAAAAGUAUUAUGUGAAUCUGCAAUGUUUAAUGAAAAAAAUGCCGGAUGAUCUCGUGGUAUUCCCCUGGUCCAAUACUUUGGGGGGCCAUGUGUCUCGUCCUAACAAGAUAAAAUCACUGCGAUUUGAGGCAUUGAAUGUCGCGUAUAACAUUGGAGCUCUUUAUUCGCAACUGGGAUAUCAGCAAUCGCGUAAGAGUGUGGAAGGCAUGAAAAUAUCGUGUGCUUACUUCCAGUUUGCUGCUGGGGCCUUCGCUAUGUUGCUCAAGCUCACCAAAGACAGCGAGAGGCUUUUUGAUAUUCCUUCAGAGUUGCAGCCGGAGAUAGUGGUUGUUUUCAAGGACCUCAUGCUGGCCCAAGCGCAGGAGAGUAUCUGGCAACGCGCAGUGGGACUCAAGACGAGGGACUCAGCGAUUGCCAAACUCGCUAUUCAGGUCAAAGACUUUUACUAUCUGGCCAAAGAGGGUGCUUUGAAGACUCGUGCGAUUCCCCAAGGAUGGAAAAAUCAUAUCACAUUGAAAAUGUACCAUUUCCAGGGAGCUGCUUACUACAGACAAUCAUUGAUGUAUCUUGAAAGUGGGAACCAUGGGGCCCAAGUGGCAUUCUUAUUGGCAGCCAGUGAGGCAGGCAAAAAUGCAACGGCUAAUACCAAGGGGGUUUCUCCUGCUGUUUUGGACGAUUUACAGAGUUUUCUGGCUGUUUUGAGCGAAGAUGCACGCAAAGCUGAACGCGACAAUGACCUGAUAUAUCUCGAGAAAGUCCCGGAAUUGAGCAGCUUACCCGACAUAAAAAGAGCGCUGAUAGCCAAAGCAGGCAGCAUCGAUAUUGAAGAUAUCGAAGCAUGCGAGAAGGAUCAUCAUAAGUAUGGAAGACCACUAUUUCAGAACAUUAUCCCAUUUUCAGUUUUUCGGAUUGCUCAGUCCUUUAAGGAGAGACAGCUAGAGUAUGUGGAGAAGGAGCUGAAGAAUCCAGUAAGGCAGUUGUCUAAUGAAAUGUCAGCAUACUUGAGUUCCAAAGGACUACCAUCAGCCGUUGAAGCUUUGGAAAGACCACAUACUCUACCAGAUUCAAUACGACAGCACUCAGAAUCGAUUAAAAACGACGGUGGAGUACCUGCAAUUGUAAAAUCGUUGCAACUAUUGGACUCACAGAGCAAUAAGUGCUCAAGCAUUCUCGAACGCUGCCAGAAAAAGAUAGACGAUGAAGAACUAGAAGAUACAUCAUUUAGAGAGAGGGAAGGAUCGCGGAGAUGGACCCGUUCGAAUACCAAAGAGGCCGCCUCAAAGCUGAUUUCUAGAAUCCAGAAUGGAAUCGAUACGAAGGCCAAAGCUAGCGAAGGAGACCAGGUAAUCAAUCACGAAUUCACUGAGAUACAGGAUCUUCUUGAGAUUUAUGGUGCAAGCAACAGCGAGAACCUUCUCAAGGAAAGGCUCCCUCCUGCAGUUAUCGCUGAACUUGAUCCAGCUAUGAAGUCCGUGGUGACAAGUCUGAGUGAGAAGCUCAAAGAAUGUCGCAUAAUAGAGGAGAAUCGCGACGAUUUCAUGGAAUCUGUUGAUAGCAAAUCAGACCGCUGGAGUAUUAUGGCAAAAAUGGUUUCGGAAUACAAAACGUUGAAGAAUCAAGGAAACGACAAGGAAAUCACGGAGGAUAACUUCAUUGGUAUUUAUCGGAGAGAGCUCAGUGUGUUUGAGAGUGAUUCUCUCUAUGUGAUUAAACAGCGUGAACAGCAAACUGACAUCUUGAAGGAUGUGGACAAGUUCUUUGCAAAGUUUUCACAAUUGAAGGAAAUUGGUAUGGACGUUCCUCAAAAUCGCCGCCUAGUUCUUCAAUCAAUGGAAGACUCAUUCAAGGCAUACAAAGUCUUGACUCGGAACAUUGAAGAUGGUGUGCAGUUCUACAGUAAGUUCAUCCCUACGUUGAUGGCUCUGCUACAUGAUUGCGAGGCAUAUGCGGAAGGGAGACAGAUCGAGGCUAGAGAAAUUAUGUCAAAGCUGAGCCAGGUGGGCAUUGGUGCUAAUCCUUCUUUUGGCGCUUCGGAUGGUAAGUCUAGUCAAGGUAUUUGGACUCCUGGUGAUGAUAUUAAGUUUGGGUGA